UCUUGACGCGUCCGCGUUGAGCUCCGCCGGAAGUGACCGGCGGCGUCGCGCUAGCACCUCGCGCUAACCGUGUACCGCGACCGGCGGAACCGACACCGGAGCCGAAGCGUCAGGAUCCCCGCGCGAGCGUCUUCUCCGAAUACGGAGUCUGUCUGCAGUUGGCGGGUGAGUUAACGUCACGCGGCUGGAAGGUUAAACGAUCGACCAAACAAGGAACCGGAUCGGGAUUCGAACCCUCGACCGUUUACACCGAACCCUGACAGAGAGACCACCGGUGACAGACACCCGUGGGUCACCAGUCAUCUGACCCGUUAAACCCAGAAUCACUGAAACUGUAUAAAUAACGAGGAAGCGGGGCGCGAUCGGCCGUCGUGACGUAAGCUCCAGGGGCUUUGUUUGGAGGCGUGGUCUGUUGGCCGUCUAAGUCGCGAUUGGUGAACAGGUGUCCAGCCAUCCUGCUGUGGCUCUGUGGGCGUGGAGUGGGCGGAGUCAGGCUCAGACUCGGGCAGUGAUUGACUGGGAGUGAUGAGUGGGCGACGGGGGGGCGGGACUGUGGUCCAGGAGCGGGCCCGGGGUGUGGAUUCGUCGUGCUGGUUUGCGCCCGGGGCGUUGCGACGUCUGUUUGAGCUGCCGGCACCCGUUCUGUCGCGGCACCAGCUGAAGCGUCUGGAGGAGCACCGUUACAGCAGCUCGGGUCGCUCGCUGCUCGAACCCGUCAUGCAGCGCUACUGGGAGUGGCUGGUGCGCACGAUGCCCCCCUGGAUCGCGCCCAACCUCAUCACCAUCGUCGGACUGGCCACGAACAUCUUCACCACCCUGGUGCUGGUGUAUUACUGCCCGACCGCCACCGAACAGGCUCCUCUCUGGGCGUAUCUGCUGUGCGCGGUGGGUCUGUUCGUCUAUCAGUCGCUGGACGCCAUCGAUGGGAAACAGGCGCGACGCACUAACAGCAGUUCACCACUGGGGGAGCUGUUCGACCACGGCUGCGAUUCACUCUCCACAGUGUUUGUGGUUCUGGGCACCAGUAUCGCCGUGCAGCUGGGUUCUCACCCCGACUGGAUGUUCUUCUGCUGUUUCUCCGGCAUGUUCAUGUUUUACUGUGCUCACUGGCAGACCUACGUCUCCGGCACGCUGCGCUUCGGCAUCAUUGAUGUGACAGAAGUGCAGAUCUUCAUAAUUCUGCUGUAUCUGCUGGCUGCUGUGGGCGGAUCAGCUUUCUGGCAGUCGCCGAUUCCCGUAAUAAACAUCCAAAUGAAAAUAAUCCCAGCACUUUGCACAUUUAUUGCGGUGGUUUUCUCGUGCACCAAUUACUUCAGAGUCAUAUUUACAGGCGGCGUGGGGAAGAACGGAUCCACUAUAGCGGGUACGAGCGUGUUAUCACCCGUCCUGCACAUCGGCUCAGUUAUCGUCCUCGCAGUGAUGAUUUAUAAGAAAUCAGCCGUGCAGCUUUUCCAGAAACACCCUUGUCUUUAUAUUCUAGCCUUCGGCUUCGUUUCGGCCAAAAUCACCAAUAAACUAGUGGUGGCUCACAUGACCAAGAGUGAGAUGCAUCUUCACGACGCAGCGUUUCUGGGUCCUGGCCUGCUGUUUCUCGAUCAGUAUUUCAACAGCUUCAUCGACGAGUAUCUGGUGCUGUGGAUUUCACUGAUUCUGUCCCUGUUUGAUCUCGUGCGCUACUGCACGAGUGUCUGCAACGAGAUUGCAUCUCACCUGCACAUCUGCGUCUUCAAGAUCAAUGCACAGAGCAUAGCGGCAGCCAUCGAGUGACCACUGACAUAUGGGUUCAUCUUCCUGCACUUUCAGCCUCAUACUAAACCAGAGCCAAUGCAUCCUGAUUUACACCAUUCUGCGCUUAGACUAAAGGAAGAAUUCAGAAAGAAAUGAAAAUGUGCUUAAAUUCUUCAUCAGAUUUGGAGAAAUGUAUUGCAUUAAUGGGUGCCAUUAGAUUGAUUGAGAGUCCAAACAAUAAUACACAAAUAAUCCAUGUAACCUUGUAAUCCAAUAAGUACUCCCGUUAAUCUGGAAAAGACAAAAGCUUUGCAUCUGUAAGAAACAGAUCCAUCAUUAAGGUGUUUUUAACUAAAAUAAAAGUCCAAAAUCCAUAAUGACUCUUUAAAAAGUUUGAAUCAGGAGAUAAAUCUGCACAGAUCUUUCUUUUGUCUUGUCCAGAUGUUCACUGAUGGACUGGAGUGCUGUGGAUUAUUGUGAUGUUUUUCUCAGUCUCAUUCUGACGGCACCCAUUCACUGCAGAGCAUCCAUUGACGAGACGCUGAUGCAAUGCUACAUUUCUCCAAACCUGAUGAAGAAACAAACUUUUAUUUGGGGGGCUGUUCCUUUAAUGCAGUUUCUUCUUCUCCAACGAAUGAAUAAAUGAACAAACUAACGAACUAACCAACGAGUGAGCAAACUUCCGAAAGGUCACUUUUCUUUAGGUCAUUAUUUUAAUGAGAUUGGAAAUGUUUCUUGCUCUGAAUUACCCAUGAUGCAUUGGGGCCGUCGGGGUCUGUAUUAUCGUUUUAACGACUCGUUCUCACGUGGUAUGAAUUGGAUUAAACAUGAUGAUUUUGUGGCUGCUAAUAAUGAUUUCCUGUUACUUGUUUACGAGCGUCUCUAUUUUGUGUUUAGCUCCAUCUUUUGUGAAAUAAUCAGGCCGUAUUUCUUCCCCUCAUCACUCCGUUUCAUCGCCAGCUGGUUUACGGUCCCUCUGAAAGAUGUUUUGUUUGGUUUUAGAUGGAAAGCACUUAAUUUAUUGGUUCGUCCCUAGAUGAAAUCACAGUCUUUAGCUGGUUUGUGUUGAGAUUUCAUUAGUUCAGGUCGUCGUGUCCCACACUGUGCCUCCGGGGUCAAUCUCACAAUGUCAUGUUUCACACCAAAAUUAAAAGGAAAUAUAUUUAGGACAAUAAAAUAUAUUUUAAGCACAUUAUUUUAACAACAAUUUAAUUACAAUACCACAGUAUUUUUUGUAAUAUUACAAUCAGUAUAAAUAUAAUUUAAUGCAAAAAUACUGCCAUUUAUAAGCUUAAAAUUGUACAAUAUAAAAAAAACAUUUACUUUUUUUUGUGAUUUAAGAAUUUGUCGUAGAAAUAAUAGUUUUAAAAUGUGCUUCUUAAUAUAAUUUCUUGUUUAUUUAUUUUGUUUUAGAACUGAAAUAUGACAAAUUUGAUGAGAUUCACCUUGUUUUACUUUGCAUCAUGUCUGAAAUGUUCAGACGUUAAAAUAAAAAAUGCCAAGAAUCGGUUUCUUCUGGAAGUAUUUCGCUUUUAGAAAGUUCGAAGACAUUUUAACAUGUUUAAAAGAUGUCUUCUAUGUCUUUCCUGCGGCGUCGCCAAAUUUCAGAAAUAAUUUGCUUAUGUAUGCACCAGAUUUUGAGCUGACGUUGUACGUUGAAUUUUCUUCGAAUGUCGACGAUUAUUCCCAAAGUAUCGAUCUGUUAGUCACUGCUGAUUAGUGUUGAGUUUUAAUUUAAGUAUUUCACACAUGUGAACAAUUGCCUUAAAUAUAACGUUUUGACAUUUGCAUGCCGUUUUGCUUAUUUUACCGAACUCUUUAUUUCUAAACAUCCCUCUCAGGCGAUUCAUAAAAAUAAAUAAAAUAAAUAAAGAUGUUAUAAAGGGUAGUUUGUAGAAACAGCUCAAUGCUGCCACCCAGAAAACAAGUUGUGCAAUUGAUAUUAUUAACGAUCUUUUAUUCGCCGAUUAAACUUCGGCGAGGAGCUCGAAUAGUUGAUUUCUAUUUUAACGCUUCAUCGUCUGCUGUUCUUCCAUAUCUUCAUCACAUCCAGUGUGAGAGAUAAUAAAUGUUUCGUAUUCGUCAUCUUUUUUAGUAUGAAUGUCUGUCUGCACACUUAAUCAUAAGCUUUGAUUCGUUUCGUUAGACGUUGCUUGUUGCCAAAUCCUUUCUGGGAGUUCUUCCACUUUAACGACAGACGGCGGAUUUAAGACGUUCAUUAAAUCUCGCAGAUUGAAACGUCCAAUGAUAUCUUUGUUUGUUUGUUUGUUUCUGCCAUGACAUAUGCAUUCAGUCAAUAUUUUCAGUGAUGUAAAAACCACCUGUUUCUGACUCAUAACAAACUGUUGGUUUGAUUGUAAUGUUGCUCUGAUUUUUGAAUAAAAUCACCUGUAAAAUAAAGAUUGCUAUAUUUAUGAUAAA